AGCCCAGAAGGGACGAAGAGGCGGCUCUGCUCUUCGAGAGGACCCAUUACCGGCACGACUCGCGCUGGCUGCUGCCUGUGCCCCCCCGCCUGUGCCUGGCCUGCACGCUGGAGCUGCUGCCCGAGCCCGGCGUGUCGGUGCGGGUGGAACUCUUUCUUUGGAAGACCUGGGUUUGGGCAUUACCCUCAGCAAACGCGGCCGGUCCCUCGCCAGACCCGCUCCGGUGAACCCGACGCGAAACCGGGCCCCCGCGCGGUGUGCACGCUCCUCCCUGUCAGCCCGCCCCGCACCCGGUCACAGCGGCUUCGCGGUCCCCUCGGCCCCAGGCUGGCCUGUUGGCCUCCUGGCUGUGCGCCGGGAAGGGCGGAAAUCCGGAUCCCUCGGGACCUCACCCAGUCUCAGGGACACACCUUCCCGCUUUCCGCCCUCUGGCCCCUUCAUUUGCUGGCCCUGCCUCCAUUUCCCCAGGAUUCAGCCUUAGCUCAGGCUCCCGCCAUUUCUGUCCCCACUCACCUGCGGGCCAGGCGCACAGGCGGUGGCCGUUCCUCAUUCCCUUCAGCUGUCCACGUGUGAAUCUGAGGAGAGGCUGCCUGGGAUCGGGGGGACAGGAGUGACAGGUUACAGCUGGGCGGAAGUGGGGUGAAAGGGAAGACCUUUCCCCUGGCAGAGUUGGCUGGGCUGCCUGGGCCUUCAGUGCCUACUUGCGUUUGUAAUGAGGUGGUUUUUUUUUUUUUUUUUUUUUUUUUUUGAGAUGACUGUUGCCCAGGCUGGAGUGCAGUGGCGCAGUCUCGGCUCACUGCAACCUCGUCUCCCGUGUUCAAGCGAUUCUCCUGCCUCAGCCUCCCAAGUAGCUGGGACUAUAGGCGCCUGCCACCAUGCCCGGCUAAUUUUUUUUUUUUUUUUUUUGAGACAGAGUCUCGCUGUGUCGCCAGGCGCCAGGCUGGAGUGCAGUGGCGCGAUCUCGGCUCACUGCAACCUCCGCCUCCAAGGUUCAAGCAAUGCUCCCGCCUCAGCCUCCCGAGUAGCUGGGAUUACAGGUGCACGCCACCAUGCCCAGCUAAUUUUUGUAUUUUUAGUAGAGACAGGGUUUCACCUUGUUGGCCAGGAUGGUCUGGUUCUCUUGACGUCAUGAUCCGCUCACCUCGGCCUCCCAAAGUGCUGGGAUUACAGGCGUGAGCCACCGCGCCCGGCCUAAUUUUUGUGUUUUUAGUAGAGACCGGCUUUCACCAUAUUGGCCAGGCUCGAACUGCUGACCUCGUGAUCUACCUGCCUUGGCUUCCCAAAGUGCUGGAGUUACAGGUGUGAGCCAUGGCAGUGACUUUUGUUGUCCAUGGAGGCAUCCAAGUCAAGUUUCUCUCAAAUUCAUGGGAGGGGAAUUCGUGAUUGGGGGUUUGGCUAGAUCAGCAGUUCCUUUUUUUAUUUUUGGAGAGAGAGUCUCCAGGGUGUCAACCUACAUUGCCUUGGCGGUCUUGAACUCCUAUUCCAAGGCGAUUUCCCCACCUUGGUCCCCCAAAGUGCCAGUAUGACAGGUAUGAGCCACUGAGCCUGGCUGCAUUCUCAAAUAUUUUGAUAUUUUCAUCUCAGGAUCCCGUCAUACAAAGUUUGAAAGUCUGCCUGAUCCCAAAAUCAUGAUAGAUUUCCUGAUGACAACAGAAGGAGCAAAUAUAAACUUUAGAACAUUUAUUUUUUAUUCCUAUUUUCAGGAAUUAACCCACACCAGCCUCACAAUGUCCCUAGAGAGAUAUAUACCAUUGUCCCAUUUUAUAAAUGGAAAGACACUGCAGAUUUUUUUUUUUUUUUUUUUUUUUUUUGAGACAGAGUAUUGCUCUUGUUACCCAGUGCAAUGGCGCGAUCUCGGCUCACCGCAGCCUCCGCCUCCUGGGUUCAGGCAAUUCUCCUGCCUCAGCCUCCCGAGUAGCUGGGAUUUCAGGCACACGCCACCAUGUCCACCUAAUUUUUUGUAUCUUUAGUAGAGACGGGGUUUCACCAUUUUGACCAGGAUGGUCUCGAUCUCUUGACCUCGUGAUCCACCCGCCUCGGCCUCCCAAAGUGCUGGGAUUACAGGCACGAGCCACUGCGCCUGGCCGACACUGCAGAUUUUUAAGCAGGAGAGGAACCUUCAUACAAAGUUGUUGACCCCAAGUAGCUUUUGUUUAUGUGGGUUACAUCCACUGAUUUAUUUAUUUUUUUAAGACGGAGUCUUGCUCUGUAGCCCAGGCUGGAAUGCAAUGGUGUGAUCUUAGCUCACUGCAACCUCUGCCUCCUGGGUCCUGUUUCAAGCAAUUUUCCUGCCUCAGCCUCCUGAGUAGCUGUGAUUACAGGCAUGUGCCAUCAUGCCCAGCUAAUUUUUGUAUUUUUAGUAGAGAUAGGGUUUCACCAUGUUAGCCAGGCUGGUCUUGAACUCCAGACCAUGUGAUCCAACCUCCUCAGCCUCCCAAAGUGCUGGGAUUACAGGCAUGAGCCACCGCUCCCAGGUAUAUUAACAAAUUUUGUGGGUUUUUUUGAGACAGGUCUCACCCUGUUGCCCAGGCUGGAGUGCAGUGGCACGAUCGUAGCUCACUGCAGCCUUGACCUCCUGUGCUCAAGUGAUCCUCCUACCUCAUCCUCAUAAGUAGCUGAGGCUACAGGUGUGCAACACCAUGCCCAGUGAAUUUUUUAUUAUUUAUUGUUACAGGGUCUCACUAUGUUGCCCAGGCUGGUCUCAAACUCCUGCAUUCAAGCUGUGGUCUUCUCGCCUCAGCCUCCCAUUGUGCUGGAAUACAGGCAUAAGCCAUUGUGCCUGGCCCAUAAGUAAUUUUUUAUUGUGGCAAAAUACAGAUAAUAUACAGUUUACCAUUUUUAGAUUUUUUUUUUUUUUUGAGACACAGUCUUGCUCUGUCGCCCAGGCUGAAGUGCAGUGGUGUGAUCUCAGCUCACUGCAAACUCUACCUCCUGGGUUCAAAUGAUUCUCCUGCCUCAGCCUCCUGACUAGCUGGAAUUACAGGCACGUGCCAACACACCCAGCAAAUUUAGUAGAGAUGGGAGUUUCACCAUGUUGGUGACGCUGAUCUGGAUACUCCUGAGCUUGUGAUUCACCUGCCUUGGCUUCCCAAAGUGUUGAGAAUACAGGCAUGAGCCACUGCACCCAGCCAUUUUUAGAUCUUUUUAAGUGUUCAGUCUUGUGGCAUAAGUAAUUUUAAAAAAUAGAAAUAACUGUAUUUUCUCAAGAAAGAUAGUGACGGGGUGGUUUUAUUUUAUAUUUUUGCAAGUUGCUUUAAUUGAAGGCAGCUUGGCCAGGCGCAGUGGCUCAUGCCUGUAAUCUCACUGCUUUGGGAGGUAGAGGCUGAAGGAUUACUGGAACCCAGGAGUUCAAGGCUGCAGUGACCUAUGAUCAAGUCACUGCACUCCAUCUUGGGCAACAGAGCGAGACCCUGUCUCUCCUAAACAAAAACAGCUGGAUUUUUAUCUAUUUCUACAGUCUGUUGUGAUAUAAUGUCAUGUAGUAUCAAAAACUCCACUGUACAAUUGUGGGAGAAUAAGAAUAAGAAAGACUGUCAGGGCACGGUGGCUCAUGCUUGUAAUCAGAGCACUUUGGGAGGCUGAGACAGUUGGAUCACCUGAGAUUGGGAGUUCAAGACCAGCCUGACCAACAUGGAGAAACCCUGUUUCUACUAAUUUUGUAAAGACUCUACUAAACCCUGUCUUUACUAAUUUUGUAAAAAUACAAAAUUAGCGGGUGUGGUGGCAAAUUCCUAUACUCCCAGCUACUUGGGAGGCUGAGGCAGGAGAAUCACUUGAAACCCGGAGGCAUAGGUUAGGGCGAGCCAAGAUCACACCAUUGGACUCCAGCCUGGGUAACGAGCGAAACUUCAUCUCAAACACAAACAAACAAAAAAGACCAAGACCAAGAACAUUGUAAUAUUAUAUGAAACUAUUUUUGUUCUUGUGGACAAGAAGUUCUGAGGUUGCUAUUCUUGGACAGUAAAUCAGAGAUUAAUAAGACAGUGCAGCAGGAGAGAAAAUAAGAGAACAUGUUAUUUAGAACUUAGAAGAAUGAACAUGUUUGUGGUCAAGUGCUGUUCAGGGUAAGGAGAGGAAUUAGGAAAGGUUUCUUAGAGGAGGAAGCAUUCAAAUUAGGGUUAAGAAGAUAGGUGAGAUUUGGACCAGAGGAAGUGGGAGGCUGAUUAUCCCAGGAGGUAGGUGUUAGAAGGAUGGGUUUUGGAGAUAAUCUUGGUGUUUGAAGCGAAAUUAAGAGAUGAGAUUGGAGAGGCAGGUAGGUUGAGGACAGUACUUUGAAGAGUUUUAAACCAAGCUAAGGAGCUUGAACUUAAUCUGUCAGAUGAAGGGGAGUUACUGGGAUUUUUGAGUAGCUCAUGUAGAUCACUACUUUAAUCUAAGGAAAAACAGGAGACUUACAGUAGCACAGAAGAGAAGCAAUAAGAGAUGUAAUUUCUGCCUUUUAUUGAAGAAACUUUUUUUUUUUUGAGACGGAGUUUCGCUCUUGUUACCCAGGCUGGAGUGCAAUGGCGCGAUCUCGGCUCACCACAAUCUCCGCCUCUUGGGAUCAGGCAAUUCUCCUGCCUCAGCCUCCCGAGUAGCUGGGGUUACUGGCAUGCGCCACCGUGCCCAGCUAAUUUUUUGUAUUUUUAGUAGAGACAGGGUUUCACCAUGUUGACCAGGAUAGUCUUCAUCUCUUGACCUUGUGAUUCACCCACCUCGGCCUCCCAAAGUGCUGGGAUUACAGGCGUGAGCCACCGCGCCCAGCCGAAACUUUUUUUUUAAUGGAGUUUCGCUCUUGUUGCCCAGGCUGGAGUUGCCCUGGCUGGUGCAAUCUUGGCUCACUGCAACCUCUGCCUGCCAGGUUCAAGCAAUUCUUCUGCCUCAGCCUUCUCAGUAGCUGGGAUUACAGGCACCACCACUACAUCCGGCUAAUUUUUUGUAUUUUUAGUAGAGAUGAGGUUUCACAAUGUUGGCUAGGCUGGUCUCAAACUCCUGACCUUAGCUGACCCACCCAGCCCGGCCUCCCAAAGUGCUGGGAUUACAGGUGUGAGCUACCGCACCUGGCUUGAACACACUUUUCUUAACCUCAUUGCUCACUAAUUAAAGAGGUGAUACAGUCAGUUAUACUUGUUUUCUGGUUCUAUCCUCAGUGUUUACCCUUUUUUGACCUAACUUUUGCUAUUGUCAUGAGCACAUCACUCAACUUCUACCCAGUUCCCUUUAAAAGGAAGUGACUUGAGUAUGAGGAUUUGUGGCUACAUUGAAUAGAAGGAUGUGUUUUCUCUACUUACCUCUGUUAUGAAGGGGCCCAGUAUUACCUCCCCAGAUGAUUGAAGUGGAAAGAACACUGAUCUUAGGUCAGACCUAUAUUGGAGACUUAGAUUUGAAUCCUUGGGAAAGUCUCAACUUCAGUUUUCUCAUCUUCAAAAUGGUGAUCAUAUCUAUUUUUGCUUUCUUCACCAACUUGUAAGGUUUGAAUGAGCUGGUAGACAAAAGUGAUUUGUGAAGAGUAAAUUGCUAUGUAAGUGUAGGGCAUUAUGAACCUUAGCUCAUGUAUAAUCCUUUGUAUGAACAUAGGAUUCCUCUGUGUAAAUGAUAUUCUUUUUCAACCUCCCUUUAAGGAGUAUGGAUCUCACCAUAGUUUAAAUGAUCCCUCCAGUAUCAUCUUGUAAUUGUGUUUGGAAAUUACAAUUCUUGGGUUCAGAAUAGCUAAGAUUUGAUUUCUGUUAAAUACUUUUCUUUGCUUCAAGUUGGUGCGCAAGAAGCACAUGUUGUCCUGCUUCCAAGAUGCCCUUGUAAGGCACACCUCCCUGGUCACACAACUGGUGUCUCAGGAUCAGAGAGUCUGCAUGCACUUCAUAAGUGUGGUUUUUGGACUAUUAUGCACUGUGGAAGAUGGGAGUGUGACAGACCUGUGUAUUGAAGUGAGUUCCUUGAUCCAAGUGAUGUUGUGCAGAAUACUAUGACAUUGAAUAAGCGAUUCUGUAAGCUUACAGAUGUAUUUUUGGCAGAAGUAUUAUGGUUUGGGAAGUCCUUAUUCAGCUCACAACGCAGCUGAAGCUGGAGCAGUCCAUCCGUUGCCUGCUGGAUGAGUGCCACAAAGAGCUAUAUAAUAUGCCCUCCAUGCGAGGCAGCCUGGCUACCCUGACUCUUCUUGGCAAGUUGGUGGAUGCCAUCCCUGCUCUGGCAGACCAGCUUGUAAUGGAGCACGGCAACCUGAUGGACUAUCUAUUGAGAGGCUUACUAUACCCCAAUGAGGGCAUAAAAGCUUCUGUCUGUUACCUUUAUGGGAAGCUGUACUCCUCACCAGUGGCAGCUGAGAUGCUUUCAGGACAUUUCCGGGAGAAGCUUUUUCCCCUCUUCCUUUCCAUCCUGGAUGAUGCCCAGACAAAGGAGCUGCAGAUUAACUGCUUGGGUUUGCUGAGGCAGCUGUUGAAGUAUGACCUCUUUGUGUCCAUGAUCAUGAACAAGGUUGCACUAGAAGAAAGUGCUAAGAAUAUUGAGGGGCCCCCAGGAGAUCCCUCACUGCCCUUGGUGCUCAAAAAGCUUCUCCUCUCUAGAGAUGAAACCCUGCAGGUGGCCAGUGCUCACUGUAUAACUGCGGUGCUUGUCCACUCCCCAGAGAAGUAUGCCCCUGCCUUCAUCCAUGCUGACAUUCCAGAGUUCCUCUUUGAGCAUCUUUCCUCUUCCAGCGAAGUGCUCGUCUGGUCCAGCUACAACUGCUUGACACUCCUGGCAGAAGAGCCACUCUUUUUUUCCAAGUGCCACACGGUGUAUGGGAUUGAGGCAGUGGUGAGGAGCCUGCAGGCAAGUCUGAAGAUGAACAACACAGAGCUGCACAAGCAGGGUCUGCUGCUUUUCACUGAAAUCCUGACCCGGCAACCAGAGGAGAUCAAGCUGUUCACAAGCUCAGCCAUGUGGAGAGAUGCUGGCUGUGCCCUCAAAGAAGCAGUUAGCAGCCCUGUGCUGGAGGUGGCUGCUGAGGCUGUGAAGGCCACUUCUGCUUUUCUGAGGAAGGACCAUCAGAGUGCUCCACCUGUGCGGUACGGGGAACUGCAGGCGUUACUAGAAGCUAUGCUAAACCGGUGUGCGGAGUUUUCCCAGACCUGUCUGAACAGGAGACCCCUGGGCCAUACCUCCAGUAGAGAUUCACAGAAGGCCAUUCUUCAAAGGGGAAAGUUCCUCCUGAGCACUCUGGAGGGAUUUAGAAGUGCCUGCAGGUUGGCUAUAGAAUUCCAGAGUGAGCCUUCAGCCCAGGAGAAUCCAUUCACAGCUCCCAGCGCCGAGAAGAAAGACACCUUGGAGGCCUUCUCAGAAUUUCUUCUCAGUGCCUGUGACUCGAUGUGCAUCCCCAUGGUGAUGAGACACUUGGAGCAGACCACCCAGCCAGCUCUGAUGGAAGUUUUCCUCUCAAUUCUUCACAGCCUUUUUGUCAUUGUUCCUCACAUGAAGGAGAAGUUUUCCAAGAAGCUUGCUGCCUCAUCCUUCAUACGACUGACCCUGGAGCUGAAAGCCAGGUUUUGCAGUGGUCUGAGUCAUUCAACCCUAAAUCAGGUGUGUUCCAGUUUCCUCUACUGCAUGUGCCUUAACCUCCUCUCAGCUCCAGAGAAGACUGGACCACCUUCCGCAGAAGAACUGUCUACGGUGUCUGAGCUCCUGCAGCAUGGACUGCCCCAGAUAAGCAGCAGGAGCCCUGAAAGCCUUGCUUUCCUGUCUGAUCGCCAGUACAUGGAGGGAGCUGCUCGCCAGAGACAGCACUGCAUCCUGCUCCUCUUCUACUUGGCCUACGUCCAUGAGGACAGGUUUGUCUCAGAGGCAGACUUAUUUGAGGCUGUGCAAAGCUUCCUCCUGUCUCUGCAGGACCAGGGCGAGUGCCCCCCACUGGCAGUCUUCAAAGCCUCCAUCUAUGUGCUUGCAGUCUGCCAGGACAAAGACAGUGUACUACAUGAGACUAUGGUCAGUGCAAUCAGAAAAUUCCUAGAGGGCAUCCCAGACCUGCAGCUAGUCUACACCCACCAUCCACUCCUGCUUAGGUUCUUUCUGUUGUAUCCAGAGCUCAUGAGUAGGUUUGGGCACCGUGUCCUGGAACUUUGGUUCUCCUGGGAAGAGAGCAGCUAUGAGGAACUUGAUGAUGUCACCUCUGCUGGGCAGCCCACCCUUCCUACCAGCUUAGCAGUCCUGUUCCAGUUGCUCAGAAGCAUCCCCAGCAUCCUGCUCAUCUUGCUGGACCUAAUCUAUUCCAGCCCAGUGGACAUAGCUCGCAAGGUACUGAUUAGCCUGAGGACCUUCCUGAGGAAGAAUGAGGAUAUCCAAGUGGGCGGUCUUAUCCGAGGCCACUUCCUGCUGAUCCUGCAGCGUCUGCUAGUGGAGCAUGGGGCUUCCCCAUCAGGAGGUCAGUCUGCAGCCUUGGGGAACCUACCAUUGCUACUGAGCCUCCUCUCCUUGAUGCAGCUGAGGAAUGUGUCAGAGGAAGAACUGGACAGCAUGGCCAUGAAGCUCCUUCACCAAGUGAGCAAGCUGUGUGGGAAGUGCAGCCCCACUGACGUGGAUAUCCUGCAGCCCUCCUUCAACUUCCUGUACUGGAGCCUUCAUCAGACCACACCCAGCAGUCAAAAGAGAGCUGCUGCAGUGCUCCUGAGCAGCACAGGUCUGAUGCAGCUUCUGGAGAAGAUGAUGGCACUCACCUUGACAGAAGCAGACUCUCCCAGGAAUGCACUCCUCUGCUCUGCCUGGCUGCUCACCGCCUCUUUAUCUGCCCAGCAGCACAAGGGCAGUUUGCAGGUUCACCAGACACUCUCUGUGGAAAUGGACCAAGUAUUGAAAGCUCUCAGCUUUCCAAAGAAAAAUGCUGCACUGCUCUCAGCUGCCAUCUUAUGCUUCCUGCGGACAGCCCUGCGACAAAGCUUUUCCUCUGCCCUGGUGGCCCUGGUGCCCUCAGGGGCCCUGCCACUGCCAGCCACCGAGAACACUGUCUUAGCUCCACUGCGAACAUCACAAGUGCGGUCCCUGGUCAUUGGGCUGCAGAACCUCCUGGUGCAGAAGGACCCUCUAUUGUCCCAGGCCUGUGUUGGCUGCCUAGAGGCCUUGCUUGACUACCUGGAUGCCCGGAGCCCAGAUAUCGCUCUCCAUGUGGCCUCCCAGCCUUGGAAUCGGUUUUUGCUGUUUACCCUCUUGGAUGCUGGAGAGAAUUCCUUCCUCAGACCUGAGAUCUUGAGGCUCAUGACCCUGUUUGUGCGGUACCGGAGUAGCAGUGUCCUCUCUCAUGAAGAGGUGGUUGACGUUCUGCAAAGUGUGGCUUCAGCUGACCUGUCUACCCUCUCAAACACCACACUCCAGACCCUGGAUGGCUUCUUCCAGCAGCUCCAGAGCAUGGGCCUCCUGGCUGACCACAGCAUGGCACAGACCCUGCAGGCCUCCUUGGAGAGCCUUCUCCCUAGCACCACCUCGGUCCAGCCACCCCUGCAGGACAUGCUCUGCUUGGGAGGGGUGGCUGUAUCCCUGUCCCACAUCAGAAACUGAUUCUCAGGACUUGAAGGCCCAGAAAUGGAGAAUGAAACCUGGAGACAAAGACCAUAAUUGUUGGGGACAUGAAUGACUGCUAAAGCUAUUCAUCUGGAGCCAUAUACUCUAUUGUUGAAAUAGAAUAAGGAAAUAAAAUGAUACACUCACA